AUGUCACAACAUCAAGAUACCUUUGCUUCAAAAGUUACUAGGUCUACUCCAAACAUUAGUGCUCCUCCCAUGGGCAUCCUUGAUAAUGAGAUUCUAGAUAUUGCUCCUCUCUCUGUUAUUCCUGGCGCGGACAUUGAUUUAAACCAACCCAUCUCCAUUGAUGCCUCCGCUUCUGCAUGUUCUAAUCAAGGUAAUCCCUCUAGUAUUCCUUCUGGUUUAACUCCUGCCACUAACUCUAAGGAAGGAACACACAAUACUGAUCGUGUUAUAAGAGACAUAGUCACUAGGAUUCUUAGUGAAGGCCACCCUAUGAAGGGAGUUUCUACUCCCCUUUCUCAAAUGUACCCCUCUCCUGAGGUUGAACAACAUAGUGGUAAGGAUGACGAUUCUUCGAGUUCUGAGAAGGACUUGGCUGCUGAAGGGUUGUGCUCUCUAGGGCAGACCAUGUCUGAAAAAGGGAAAUUUGUGGCUUCUCACACUGCUAAUGCUUCCCACUCUGAGAAGCAUGAUGAUGCAAAUGUUGUGAUUGAUCUAGAGGAUGGUAGCUCUGAUGAUCAAGAGGAAAUCUUGAUUCAUUACAUGAAGCCAAGUGUGGCUAAACGCAUGAAGACUCGUAAAGGAAAAUCUGUGGCUAAACUUAUGUCAUCUAGAAAAGCUAAGAAGACUGCUGAGGAUGUUGAGGAAGAUGUCCCUGACAUCUUGCCUGCAAAGAAAACUACUGUUAGGAAGUCUCCUAUUAAAGUCCCUGCUGUUCAUUUGGAUAACAUCUCCUUCUAUCUUGAGGAUGGAGCUGCUAAGUGGAAAUUUGUGAUUCAGAGAAGGGUAGCUAUGGAAAGGGUGUUGGGAAAAGAUGUUGCUGAUGUCAAGGAGGUCAUGGACCUGAUAAAAGUUGAUGGGCUGUUGAAAACUGUUGUUGGGUUAUCUCCAUGCUAUGAAGGUUUAGUUAAGGAAUUUAUUGUUAACAUUCCUGAGGAUAUUUCAAAUAAGAACAACAAGGAGUUCUGCAAGGUGUAUGUGAGGGGUAAGUGUAUAACAUUCUCUCCUACUGUUAUUAAUAAUUUUCUAGGCAGAAAAAUUGAGGGUGCAGGAAAAUUAGAAGUUACAGACAAUCAAGUCUGUAGGGAGAUUACAGCUAGGCAGGUGAAAGUUUGGCCUGUUAAAAAGAAUCUUCCUGCUGGGAAGUUGACUAUCAAGUAUGCUAUCCUGCAUAAAAUAGGAGCUGCCAAUUGGGUCCCUACCAACCAUAUCUCCAACAUUGCUAAUACUCUUGGGAGGUUUAUUUUUGCUGUUGGAACAAAAGUAAAAUUUGACUAUGGUAGAUUUAUGUUUGAACAAAUCAUCAAGUAUACAACUACUAAUGCAGUUAAGCUGCCAAUUGCCUUUCCCUCUAUGAUAUAUGGAAUUAUCUUGAAUCAACACCCUGGUAUUCUGUGCUCUAGUGACUUACCUAGUAGAAGAAAACCUACUCUGUCUGUGCACUAUAAACUGUUUGAAGGAAGUCAUGUCGAGGAUAUUGUCAUGACAUCUGCCCUAAAAAGGCCAGCCUCAAAAGUUGGAACAAUUGCUGAGCUAAAGGAAACCUUGGAACAAGCUAAGGGUGAAAAUAUUGCUCAUAAAGAAGAAGCUGAAGCCCACACCUCUAGUGAGAGGUCUGCAAACAAUGAUGAUGCCAGUGGCAAUUCUGGUUCUGGUGCUGAUGAAGAAGCUGCAAACUCAAGCUCUACUGAGUAG